CUGGACACUGAGCUAUCGUUAAUGUUAUUGGUAACACCUGUGCUUCUUCUGCUAUGACACAUUUUAUGCCAAAGUUUCUGCUGUGAAAAGGCCAAAUGGGUAUUAAAUAGCUUUUUAAUUCAUGUCCAGGUUCCUUGUAGUGCUAACCUGCUCUGACUCCACUGCAGAUGUCCAAAGUAAAGGCUGCACCCCCACCCGGGUGGACUCUGAACAUCAGCGAUCCUCAGGUCCAGGAGGCUGCCAUAAGAAUCCAAGCCUCGUAUCCCGGCCACAGGUUGCGUAAAGAGCUGCGGGAGAAAGGCCCUCCCAAGAUCCUGCAGGAGCUCAAAGAUGUGGUUCUUGUUGAGGGCAGUGCUGCAAAGCUGGAGUGCAGAGUUAACACUUUCCCAGAUCCUUUCAUCAUCUGGUGCAAGGAUGGCAAAGAGCUGAAAGAUGGUCCCAAGUACCGCUAUGUUUUUGAAGACCCGGAUUUUGUGGCGCUUGUGAUACGAGCUGGGGUUCUGGCUGAUCUGGGAAAAUGCACUGUUUCUAAAAAUCCAUUUGGACAGACAUAUGGAUCUGCCUGUAUUCUAGUGGAAUAGACUCCUUUGCAUCAUGCUUUCCAAGUCCCUGCAAAGGUUUCUGAAGGCCCAGACAACACGAAGGCCAAGAGAGGGACUACAGUGGAGCUCAAGGCUGAAAUAAGUGGGGAGCCUCCUCCAGAUGUUGCCUGGCUCAAAGAUGGAGAUGACAUUGAAGAAGACGACAGGGUCUUCUUCGAGAUUGGAGACACCAACAUAAUCUUGACAAUCAAAAAUGCAAAGAUGUCUGAUGCUGGCAAGUAUGAGGUGUUUGUGCAGAACAUCCUGGGAACAGACCAGUCCUUCGCUUCGCGUCGACAUCCUCUGAUGCAACCUCUCAGCUACACCAAUGCUAAUGUAAUGAGCUCUUAUAGUGCAACCCACGAUACUGUAUUGAUGCACCAAGAUGUACUGUAUAUGCAAUCAUACCCAUGAUAUAAAAAGUAAAUACUUUGAGUGUUUUUUAAUUAUCCACAUGACAGGAUAAAGCGUUUGUAUAGCAAGAGUAUUUAAAAGUGCAAAAUUUGUUUCAGAUAGAAAUGGGGGGAAGAGUAGAGAUUCAUAAAGAAAAACACAACAUUUUAUUAUGAUAAUAUAUACAGCACCUAUUAACCAUCUUGACAUUUAAGAUAAGAGGGUUACAUGUGAGUGAUGUGUUUAAGAUAGCAUCCAUAGUGUUGUUUUUAUGGGCUGAGUAAACCACAGCUGUAAGAAGCUGAGACACAAGUCAAGCAAAAAUGCCCCAAAACAUAUUUCUCUUUAAGCCUUAAAAUCUUCUUAAUGGAAUAAUUAUCAACACUCAUUAGAAUACAAACAAUUAAAAUUCUUGUGGAUAACAAAUUAUUUUGUAUUUUGCCAGCAGCAUCUAGCUCUGAUUACAGCUGCUAGUUAUAAUACAUGAGGUUUUACACUCAGCUGUGUUUGUGGUGAUUGUUUGAGAUUUAGCAGAAUAGUUACGGAGGUUACACACAGUGGACCAGUUUACCUAUACACGUACCUCCA